UGUUCAUACUUGUAUAUUUCAAUUUGCGAUAUACAUCACGCUAUAGACCGUAAUCACAAACUGUCAUCGAAGGUUAGCUUUAGGAAAACACGUAAACGUAAAUAACGAGUGACUUCAAGCGAAAUCUAUGCAAUCAUAUACGAUAACAAGAUUGUUCUUGUUAUAGACGAAACUUAUUAAUUUUUAACAGAAAUAGUUACUUUUUUUCAUGAGCUUAUGAAAUAAAAUAUUGAGAAUGGAACGAAAUUUAGUUAAAACAUUGGACGACAUGUAUACUAAGGAAGGCAUUAUUGGUUGUAUUUUAGUAGAUCAUUCUGGUCUCUGCUUAGGAGUUAAAGGUGAUGCGUCAAGUGAGAGCGCAGGAUUAAUAGCAGCUAUAUCGGGUCUAGUUGCAAAAUUAGAGCCUAAAUCUAAGGCACCGAUCAUAUCGCUUCAAAACGAUAGCAGCCAGUGUAUUAUACAUCGUAUGGGUCCUGUAGUUGGUGCUGUAUAUAAAGAUAUAUCGACUUAAAAUAAUUACUCGUUACAUAUAUGCCUGAAACUCUUUAUAUCUGAAAUAAGAUGUGUCUAGGAAUAUUCUGUUUAAAAUUUAAAUUAAAUUAUAAUUUAAAAAUAAUAUCGAUUCUUUGUGUAUCAUCGACAAGAUAGAAAAACCACAGAUGAUGUAAGAAAUAAAUAAAUAAUAAUAAGUAAUAA